CUUAACAGUCUUCAAACCGGUGGCGUCAAAAUUUGACAGUUUCUGUUUUGAAAUUAUGUGUUGCGUUAUGGGUUUCUCCAGGAUUUUUCACUUCUUCCCACUAUUGUAAAAGAAUCCCAGAAAAAAACCUCUACUUUCUUGGAUGUCUAGCUUAGUUCACACAAACACUCGAGUCCCUGCUUUAAAGUUUCAAUAUUUUUAUGCUUAAGCCUUGAAAUUUCAAUCUUGAGUCUCUGUGUGUGUGUGUGUGUUUUUUUUUUAAAGGAAAAGAAAGAAAGAAAGAGAGAAAGAAGAAACAAUGGCUACAAUUUCUCAGAGUUUCAAGAUGCCCCUCCAUUUUUCUAGGAAUUCACAUUGCAAGCUUCAAUUCAGACACAGGGUUCAUUGCUUAUCGAGACGGGACUCAACUGUUAUUCCCUCUGAAUCUGUUCAUGUGAAUGGUAGCCCUUCCAUUGAUGUGGGAAGUGGGCAUUUAAAGAGGAAGAAGGAAUCUGUUCAAGAAGAGUUGGAGGUUUUGUGGGAUGAUGGGUAUGGGACUCGAACUGUUAAGGACUAUUUGGAGCUAGCAAAAGAGAUUAUCAAGGAUGAUGGUGGACCUCCAAGGUGGUUUUCACCCUUCUCUUCUUCUCCUCCUUUGAAAGGCUCUCCCCCUCUCUUUUUCUUGCCCGGAGCUGAUGGAACUGGAGUAGGUCUUGCUUUGCACCAACAGGCACUUGGGAAAGUUUUUGAACUCUGGUGCUUGCAUAUUCCAGUUCAUGAUCGAACCCCAUUUGAAGGGUUGAUAAAAAUGGUUGAACAAACUAUAAGGAUGAAGCACGAUUCGUCACCAAAUACGCCAAUUUAUAUAGUGGGAGAUUCAUUGGGAGGAUGCUUAGCACUUGCUGUUGCUGCACGUAAUCCCAAGAUCGACCUUGUUGUGAUAUUAGCUAAUCCAGCAACUUCAUUUGCUAGGUCACAGUUGCAGCCAUUGUUCCCUUUACUAGAAGCAACGCCCAGCAAUCUUCAGUUCACUCUCCCUUAUCUUCUUAGUUUAGUUAUGGGUGACCCGGUGAAAAUGGCAAUGGUUGGGAUUGAUACUUCACUUCCUCCUACACGAAUUAUUGAAAAAUUCGCAAACACACUUAGAGAUUUGCUCCCCAUUCUUUCUGGGUUAGCCGACAUAAUUCCAAAAGAAACCUUAAUGUGGAAGCUCAAGCUGCUUAAGUAUGGAUCUGAAUAUGCCAAUUCCCGUCUUCGUUCUGUCACAGCUGAAGUUCUUAUACUUGCUAGUGGAAAAGACAACAUGCUUCCAAGUGCAAGGGAAGCAGAAAGGCUAGCAAGGUCAUUAAGAAACUGCAAAGUGCGAUACUUUAGGGACAAUGGGCAUACCAUUUUAAUGGAAGACCGUGUGAAUCUAUUAACUAUCAUAAAAUGUACAAGCAAAUAUCGCCGCUCAAAGAGGCACGACUUCGUCUUGGAUUAUAUCCCACCUAGUAUGUCUGAGUACAAGCAAUCCUUAGAUAUCAACAGAUUUUACCGCAAUGUCACCGGCGCCGCGAUGUAUUCCACAAUGGAAGAUGGGAAAAUAGUGAGGGGUCUAGAUGGAGUGCCCGAGGAAGGCCCGGUGUUAUUGGUAGGUUAUCACAUGCUGCUGGGGUUAGAACUUGUGCCUCUGAUUGAAGAAAUGUUGACAGUAAAAAAGAUUUUACUGCGCGGCAUGGCACAUCCUGCUUUGUUUUCACCUUUAGUUGAGAACAAGGGUCUCAAUGAGAUGUCAUUCAAUGAUUCGAUACGGUUAUAUGGAGGCGUGCCAGUCUCAGCUUCUAACCUCUUCAAGUUGCUUGCAAAGAAAUCACAUGUGCUUCUUUACCCUGGCGGUGCUCGUGAGGCUUUGCAUAAAAAGGGAGAAGAGUAUAAGUUAACAUGGCCAGACCAACCAGAGUUUGUGAGGAUGGCUGCAAAGUUUGGAGCUACAAUUGUGCCGUUUGGUGUUGUCGGAGAAGAUGACAUUGUACAUUUACUUCUGGACUACGAUGAUAUGAUGAAAAUCCCCAUCUUAAGUGACCAGAUAACGAGUUAUAAUGAAAAGGUGGAGAGAAUGGGGUUUACAUUAAGGGGCGACGCGAACGGAGAGGUUGCGAACCAAGCACUAUACGUCCCGGGAUUGAUGGGGAAGAUCCCGGGGCGGUUGUACUACUUGUUUGGGAAGCCGGUGUCAACAAAGGGGAAGCGGGAGGUGGUCAAGGACAGGGAAAAGGCAAGUGAAUUGUACCAGCAGAUAAAAACUGAUGUUGAGAACAGCAUGGCUUUUUUGCUUAAGAAGAGAGUGGAAGACCCUUACAGAGGCAUUCUUCAUAGGACUGCUUUUAGGGCUUUUUCUGCUCCUUUUGAUCAAAUCCCCAGUUUUAGUCUUGAUUGACUCUCAUUUCCUUAACUCUCUUUCUGUCUUACACAUUAUUAUUAUUAUUAUUUAAAUUAUUAUUACUCCCUCCGUCCCGCUAUAUUCGUCCACUUUUGACUUUUGGAACUGUUCAUCUAAGCACUUUGACUCAUCAAAUUCUCUCAAUGUGUAAGCCUAAAUAUAGUCAUGUGUGAUCUUGUUUAAUAUGUCUUAACAUAUAGAUUAUUAUUAUAUAAUUUCUAUAAUUUUUUAAUAUACAAAUUACAAGAUAAAAUAAAUUAAAGAAGUGUAUUGGAUGGUGUGUAAAAAUGAAAGUGGACAAAUACU